CUCAGAAUCGUCCUGUGGCUGGGUGGACAGUAGGAUUCCUGUUCCCGACGUCUCCACCUCCUUCCCUCCAACAUUACAUUUGCUUAUUUGCUCAGUGCCGAUUGCAGACUGCAAAAUUGCACUGCCCUCCCGACCGUCUAUCCAUAUUCCAAAUUCCCAGCACUAAACUCUCUCUCUUUCACACACACUCACUCCCUGCUGCCAUUAAAAUCAUCAUCAACAAAUAUGACAAUGGCGGCAGCAGCAGCAGACAUGGCCCUAGUCAAGCCCAUCUCAAAGUUCGCGGGCGCCACUCCCAGGAGGAUGUCACUGAUAUACAACGACAACAACAAUAACAAGAGUGGAAGUUUCAGCCGCCGCAGCAGCAGCAGCAGGUCCAUGAUCAGAAUGAUGUCCACCUCCGCCCCUACCAGUGGCAGUGGUGCACCCCCGCGGCAAAGCAAGAAAGCCUCCAAACAGGGCAUCAAGGAGACAUUGCUGACCCCGAGAUUCUACACCACCGACUUUGACGAGAUGGAGACCCUCUUCAACACUGAGAUCAACAAGAACCUGAACCAGGCCGAGUUUGAGGCCCUCCUCCAGGAGUUCAAGACCGACUACAACCAGACCCACUUUGUCCGCAACAAGGACUUCAAGGAGGCUGCCGAUAAGAUGCAGGGCCCUCUCCGCCAGAUCUUUGUCGAGUUCUUGGAGAGGUCCUGCACCGCCGAGUUCUCUGGUUUCCUUCUCUACAAGGAGCUCGGAAGAAGGCUCAAGAAAACUAAUCCUGUGGUGGCUGAGAUUUUCUCUCUUAUGUCUAGAGAUGAAGCUCGCCAUGCUGGGUUCUUGAAUAAGGGUUUAUCGGAUUUCAAUUUGGCACUGGACUUGGGAUUCCUCACAAAAGCCAGAAAAUACACAUUUUUCAAGCCUAAAUUCAUUUUCUAUGCCACUUACUUGUCUGAGAAAAUUGGGUACUGGAGAUACAUAACCAUUUACAGGCAUCUUAAGGCCAACCCCGAGUAUCAAUGUUACCCCAUCUUCAAAUACUUCGAGAACUGGUGCCAGGAUGAGAACCGCCAUGGAGAUUUCUUCUCUGCAUUGAUGAAGGCGCAGCCUCAGUUCCUUAAUGAUUGGAAAGCAAAGUUGUGGGCACGCUUCUUCUGCCUUUCGGUUUAUGUGACAAUGUAUCUCAAUGAUUGUCAAAGAACAGCUUUUUACGAAGGCAUCGGACUCAACACAAAAGAAUUUGACAUGCAUGUCCUCAUCGAGACGAACCGCACAACAGCUAGAAUUUUCCCUGCUGUACUCGAUGUUGAGAACCCUGAGUUUAAGAUGAGGCUGGAUCGGAUGGUAGAGAUCAACCAGAAACUGAUUGCAGUUGGGGAGAGCGAAGACAUUUCACUAGUGAAGAACUUGAAGAGGAUUCCCCUUAUUGCAGCUCUAGCUUCUGAGUUACUGGCAACAUAUCUUAUGAAACCCAUUGAAUCUGGUUCUGUUGACAUUGCAGAAUUUGAGCCACAACUUGUUUAUUAGUAAGCUCGUAUCUUUUAGGUACAAAAGCUAGAUGUUCUUGUUCAGUCUGCAGGGAGCACUGUACUGUUGUUCACCAUUCUUUUUUUACCGUCACAGAACAAGAACACUACUGUAAAACUGAGGAAACUUGUUUUGGUUAUGCUGAACAUAUAUGCUUUGUUCACCCAUCUAA